AUGGCUCAAGUUAACGCACUUCAUCAAAGUGGUAUAACCGAAGAAAAUAAGAUUACCAAUGUGAAGGCUUUGUAUUUAGAGAAGCACAAGAAACCCUUUCUUCUUGACCAUUGUUGGCUCAUAUUAAAGGACCAACCAAAGUUUGCCGAUCCUAACAAUGCUAGAUCGAGAUCAUCCGUGCCUCCAACUCCGAAGUCCAUAUCUAUUGGCAAAGGGGAUUGUGGGUCCGAACUUGAUGACACUUCGAAUUUUGAGAGACCUAUCGGUAAGAAGGCCGAAAAGGCCAUUCGAAAUAACAAAGCCACCGAAAAAGAUGUAGGGGAAUAUUUGACCAAGAAAUUGAAAUUGAUUGAGGAUGUUGCAUCCAUGAAUCACUAUUUGUUUCGCAAGUUCCUUCUUGAUGACUCAGAUGAAGAUGAGAUAAUCGAAGAACUUGUUAUGGAAACAUUACAACCUAAACGUCAUCGUUUUGUCCAACAGCGAUCUCAUGUAUUUAAUGAACUUGCUGAAGGACGUGCUCCUACAGUACAUUACUCAAUUAAUGGUCAUGACUACACAAUAAGAUAUUACUUUGCUGAUGGCAUAUAUCCAAAGUGGGCAACAUUUGUGAAAACAAUCCCAGCUCCACAAGGACAGAAAUAUAAAUUAUUUGAAGCAGCACAAGAGGCGUGUAGGAAGGAUGCUGAGCGUGCAUUUGGAGUGCUUCAAGCACGUUUCGCAAUUGUCCAUGGACCUACACGAUUUUUCCAUCUUGAAACACUCCAAAAGAUCAUGAAAGCAUGUAUAAUUCUCCAUAACAUAAUUGUUGAAGAUGAACGAGAUGAUAAUGAAGUGGUAGACUUGGAUUAUGAACAAAAUGAUGGAGUGGAUAAUCCUCCUCUGCAAGUGUUACAUGAACAAAGUGAUGAAUUUUUGUCAUACAUUGAGAGGCACGGACGCAUUAGAGACCGAGAAAUUCAUUUUCAACUCCAGUCGGACCUUAUUGAACAUUUAUGGUAA